CCUCUCUUAACAUGGCGCCGGCGGAAGGGGCGGGGUAGGCCGGGCGAUAAUGGCGGCGUCGAGGCUGGAGCUGAACCUGGUGCGGCUACUAUCCCGCUGCGAGGCGAUGGCAGCGGAGAAACGGGACCCGGACGAGUGGCGCCUGGAGAAGUACGUGGGAGCCCUGGAGGACAUGUUGCAGGCCCUGAAGGUCCACGCGAGCAAACCGGCCUCUGAGGUGAUCAAUGAAUAUUCCUGGAAGGUGGAUUUUCUGAAGGGGAUGCUGCAAGCCGAGAAGCUGACCUCCUCCUCAGAGAAAGCACUGGCCAACCAGUUCCUGGCCCCUGGCCGUGUGCCAACCACAGCCAGAGAGCGAGUGCCCGCCACAAAGACGGUGCAUCUGCAGUCACGGGCGCGGUACACCAGCGAGAUGCGGAGUGAGCUACUAGGCACGGACUCUGCAGAGCCUGAGUGGACGUAAGGAAGAGAAC